CUCAUGGGCGGGCUUAAAAGGAGGUGGGUAUUGACUCGCGGGCAACUGAAGCUGUUGUCGGAUUAUACCAGUGCCUGCGGGAUUGGCCGGUUUUCUGCAGACGGGGUGAAUUUAGGUGUUCGGUGGUUGCAUCUGGAGGAGUGUGUAAGACGCUUUGGCCGAAGAAAACGAUUAAGCUUCUUAUGUUCAUCAGACUUUUCUGCUAGAAAUUAUCACCAGCCUCCAUUAGAAAAUCCCACUGUGUCAGAAACUAAUUUUUCUAAAGAUGUUGCAGUGCAAGGAUUGCCUUUGGCUAAAACAGAAGAGAGCAACAGACAAAAAGCAAAUGACAUCUUUAUUUCUCAGUACACCGUGGGACAGAAAGAUGCUCUAAGAGCAGUUUUAAAGCAAAAAGCUCAGAGCAUGCCUGUUUUUAAAGAAGUUAAGGUACAGCUUUUAGAGGAUGCUGGUACAGAAAAGGAGGCUGUUACCCAGGAGACUAGAACUUCACCCAGUGGAAUUGAUUCAGCUACAACUGUGGCUGCAGCAACUGCCGCCGCCAUUGCAACAGCAGCUCCACUAAUAAAAGUGCAGAGUGAUUUGGAAGCAAAAGUCAAUUCUGUUACAGAAUUACUGAAUAAGUUACAGGAGACUGAUAAACAAUUACAACGUGUUACAGAGCAGCAAACAAGCAUUCAGAAUAAACAUGAGAAAUUACAUUGUCAUGAUCAUGAAAAGCAAAUGAAUGUGUUUAUGGAGCAGCACAUUAGACAUCUUGAAAAAUUGCAACAACAACAAAUAGAUAUUCAGACUCAUUUCAUGAGUGCUGCACUCAAGACUAGUAGUUUUCAGCCUGUUACUAUGCCUCCUUCCAGAGCAGUGGAAAAGUGUUGUGUAAAACCAGACUAUUCUCAUCUUGGUAGUGUUAAUCUAUCUUCACAUAACACAUUCAGUUCCAAACAAGAACCUUCAAGAGUGGUUGAAGAUAUGGGUUUUGAUAAACAGAAAUCUCCUUUGGAGACACCAGCACCUCGCAGGUUUGCUCCUGUACCUGUUUCAAAGGAUGAUAAAAUAUCAAAGAGGGAAAAUCCUGUGGAAGAAAAAGAAAAUGUGGAGAUGUCAGGUCAUACAGAGAAUGUAAGACUAUUGGAACAAAUUUUGAAUAGACAAGACUCUUCAACAAGAAUGAGUGAAUUAUCAGAUAAAACUUCACUAACUAGGUCAAAAAUAGGAUGGAAUUCUGAGAGAAGAGACAGUGUCGAUACUCUAUUCUCUCAAAGAUUUCCUUCCUAUGAAGAACUAGGAACAGCUAAAGUGACUGUACAGAAGUCUGAUGAUGUUCUUUAUGAUCUUGGCCAAAAGAGAAAAGAAACAAAUGGCAUACUCCAGCCAAAAGAAUCUCUGAUUAUAUCGACACUUGCUGAUCUUCCACAGAAUUACAUUAAACUUCAAACAACCAGCACACGAUCCAUAUUGAAAGAUGCAGAGAAGAUUUUGAGAGGAGUACAAAACAAUAAAAAAGUACUUGAAGAAAACCUGGAAGCUAUUAUUCGUGCAAAGGAUGGAGCUGCCAUGUAUUCGUUUAUCAAUGCUCUAUCUACCAACAGAGAGAUGUCAGAGAAGAUUCGGAUCAGAAAGACAGUGGAUGAGUGGAUUAAAACUAUUUCUGCAGAAAUUCAGGAUGAACUGGCAAGAAAAGAUUAUGAACAAAAGAAAUUUGAUCAGAAGAAUCAAAGAAUCAAGAAAACUCAUAGUAUGAAUAAAGAUAUUAAAAGCAAUAAGCAAGACAAAACCAUAAAUAAUUCUGUAAUUCCAAGAAAACAUUCUCAAAAACAAAAAGAAGAAUAUUUUAGAAAUCCACCUGUGAGGAACAUGCCUGCUUCAAGCUUACAGAAAGAGAGAAGAGAAGGUUUUUUGAAAGCAAACACAGCGAUACAAGAUGAAGAUUAUAUGUUACAAAUUUAUGGAAAACCAGUUUAUCAGGGCCAUCGCAGCACUCUUAAAAAAGGACCGUAUCUCAGAUUUAAUUCUCCAUCUCCUAAGUGCAAACCACAGAGACCAAAAGUAAUAGAACGAGUUAAAGGCACUAAAGUCAAGUCAAUAAGAACACAAACUGACUUUUAUGCAACAAAACCUAAGAAGAUAGAUUCUAAACCACAACAUUCCGUUACUAUGCUGCCUCCUGGUGAUCAGCAGUAUUUGUUCAGCCCAAGCAGAGAAAUGCCUACUCUUUCAGGUACACUGGAAGGUCAUCUAAUUCCUAUGGCAAUUCUUUUAGGACAAACUCAAAGUAAUAGUGAUUCCAUGCCACCUGCUGGAGUAAUUGUAAACAAGCCGCAUCCUGUAACAGUGACUACUUCGAUUCCUCCAUCAUCUCGAAAAACAGGAACUGGAGUAAAGAAACCUAACAUAGCAGUUGUAGAAAUGAAGUCAGAAAAAAAGGAUCCUCCUCAGCUUGCUGUACAGGUAUUACCCAAUGUAGAUAUUGAUAGCAUUUCAAAUGGUAGUGCUGAUGUUAGUCCAUCUCUGCCUAGUCCCAAGGAAGCAUCUCCUCCUCUGAACACCUGGAUACAGACUCCAGAAUUUACGAAGGUAGAUGAAGAAGAGGUGAAGUUUCCAGGAACUAACUUUGAUGAAGUAAUUGAUGUCAUACAGGAAGAGGAAAAAUGCGAUGAAAUUCCAGAAUACUCUGAACCAAUUCUGGAGUUUAACAGAGGUGUUAAAGUUGUUUCCACAAAAUAUAAUGGUCCUCCAUUUCCACCAGUUGCUUCUACUUUUCAGCCCACUGCUGAUACUCUGGAUAAAGUAAUUCAGAGAAAAGAAACAUUGGAAAAUAGCUUAAUUCAAUGGGUAGAACAAGAAAUAAUGUCAAGAAUUAUCUCUGGGCUCUUUCCAAUCCAACAACAGGCCCUAGCUAACGUCAGUAUUUCAGGCAGUGAGGCAAGUGAACCGUUGACUUCUGACAUUGUGGAAGGAACAAGCAGUGGAGCCCUCCAGCUUUUUGUCGAUGCUGGGGUUCCUGUGAAUUCACACAUGAUUAGUCAUUUUGUGAAUGAAGCUCUUGCUGAGACCAUUGCUGUCAUGCUGGGUGACAGAGAAGCAAAGAAGCAGGGUCCCGUUGCUACAAGUGUUUCUGGGGAGGUUUCAACAAGCAAAACAUACUUGCCGGCAAGAGUGUGUACCCCAGUGGCUACCCCACAGCCAACUCCUCCUCGCUCGCCUUCAUCACUUCCUAAGGAGUAUGUGUUGCUAAAAACUCCAGAUUCUUCUCCCUGUGAUUCAGAUCACGAUGUAGCUUUUCCUGUGAAGGAAAUAUUUGCUGAAAAAGGCAAUGACAUGCCUGCUGUCACACUUGUUAAUACUCCAGUAGUUACCCCUGUUACUACACCUCCUCCUGCAGCAGCUCUUACCCCAACUUUGUCAGAGAUUUCUAUCGAUAAACUGAAGAUAUCAAAUCCAGAGUUUCCCAAGCCGUGGGGUGAUGGAGACCUGCCAUUGGAAGAAGAGAAUCCCAGCUCUCUUCAAGAAGAACUUCACCCGAGAGCUAUUGUAAUGUCUGUGGCCAGGGAUGAAGAACCUGAGGUUAUGGAUUUCACUGCUCAACCAGUACCUCCAAAGCCAGUUCCCUUGAUGCCACUUCGUGCUGACACCAAGGCCCCUUCCCCCAUACAGAUACCAAGUUCUGAUUCCUCAACAGUGGAGAGCACCUUGAGCAUUACUGCCACUGAAACUGAAACUCUAGAUAGACACAUCUCUGAAGGAGAGAUUUUAUUUGACUGUAGUCAAAAAGUGGCUCCCAGGAUUCUAGGAGAUGGAGGACUGUAUCUGACAAACCUAAAUGAUAGCUUAUCUAGUACUCUGCAUGAUGCCCAUGAAAUGGAAGAUGAUCCUCCCAGUGAAGGACAAGUGAUUAGAAUGCCCCAUAACAAAUUUCUUGGAGAUGCAGUUCUUUCUCUCCUUGCUAAACAAAACCAGGAAUCACUUGUUUCACAUCAAGCAGUCAAUCAUUCAGAGGACUUGGAAAGCAGUGUGGGUGAAAUUAGUGAAGGACAAAGGCCCAGGUUGACAGCAGCAGCAGAGAACAUCUUAAUGAGACAUUCUGUCUAUGGGCAGCAGCCUGUCACUAAUGCAGAGUCUUUGGAUCAAAAAUGUGCUCUUAAGCCAUUAUCUCAGCAGUUUAACACAGUUACAGGUGGUGUUUAUGAAGAUUCAUGUGCUAGUCAUGGUCCAAUGAGUAUGAGAGAAUUGGAGUUGCAGCCAGAUUCUCAUCUUUCUCUUCCCACAACACUUCUGACAGCACAAGAAAAUGAUGUUAAAUUACCAGUAGCAGCUGAAGAUUUUCCUCAGUACCAACAAAGGCAAGACCAAGAUGUGAAGCAAGUUGAACACAAGCCAGCACAAAGUCGUAUAAUACAUGUGAGAAAUAAAUCGGAAAUUUCACUUUCACAACAGCAAGGUAAAUGAAAACUGAGAGACCAACAAGUUAAAGGAAAUUUUUCAGGUAGAAAUUAAAAGAUAACCAAAAAGAAGCUUGGAUUUAAGAAAUGAAGAGCUUCUGAGGUGGUUAAACAAAGGUAUAAAUAAAAGAAUUCUUAUUUCAAUCACUAUAAAAGAUAAUUGUCCAAAGCAAAAAUAAUACCAAUAUAUUAUCUAUUUAUAGAGCCUGUAAAAAUAAAAUGAUAGUGAUAGCAUGAAAUAUAGGAUGGAGAAAUUGAAGUAUACUGAUGGUUUCAUACAGUAUAUGUUGUGAUAUAAUAUUUUUUGAAAGUAGAAUAUGGUAAGUGAUAGAUGUAUAUUGUAAACUAAUCAUUAAAAUAUUUUAAAAUAAUACUAAAUUAAAACUACUCAAUUACUCCAAGAGGGCAUAAAAUGAGGGGAAAAGAAACAACUGUCAAUAAGAAACUUGCUUUAAAUAUAAAGACAUAGAUUAAAAGUAAAAAGAUAGAAAGAAGAUAAACAAUGCAAACACUAAUUAAAAGAAGCCUGAGUGGCUAUAUGAACAUCAGCCAUAUCAGAGUAAAGACUAUCAAAGCAUACAAUUUUACCAAAGAUAGAGACAUUAAACAAUGAUAAAAGGGUUAAUUCAUCAAGAAGAUAUAACAAUCUUAAAUAUGUAUAUAUCUGACACCAUCACUUUAAAAUACACGAAGGAAGAAUUGGUAGUACUCUGAGGAGAAAUAGACAAAUUCACAAUUAUAAUUGGAGAUAUUAACUCUCCUUAGUAAGAAUUACAAAAAGUAAAUAGAAAGUCAGACUAUAGACCUAAGCAACAAUAUCAACCAAUCUGACCUAAUUGAUACAAAGCCGAUUACACUUGUUAAGUACACAUAGAGCAUUCACCAAGAUUGACCUUAUUCUGUGUCAUGAAACAAACUUCAAUAAAUUUAAAACAGUUGAAAUCGUACAGAAUAUAUCCUCUGAUUUCAGUGGAGUUAAAAAUCAGAACUUCUAAUAAUAAUAAGAAAGGAAAUAAAUAACAGAAUGAAAUUGAAGACAUAAAUAUAGCAGAAACUCAAUGAAACCAAAAGCUGGUUCUGUGAAAUGAUUAAUAGAAUUGAUAAACCCUAGCCAAGGUGAUGAAGGAAAAAAAGGGAAAACACACAAAUUAUCAUUAUUAGGAAUUAAAAAGGAGAAACCAGUACAAAUUCUACAGAAAUUAAGAGAUUGUAAGGCAGUAUUAUGAAUAUCUUUUAUGCUCAUAAAUUUGGCAAUGUAGUCAGAAUGGAAAAUUUUUCUCUCCUUGUUUGAGAAGAAACUGAUAACCUAAGUAAUGUUAUAUUUACUAAAGGAAAAUGAAUUCUUAGUUUAAAAUGUUCCAACAAAGAAAACUCCAGGCUCAGAUGGCUUUCCUGGAGAAUUCUACCAAAUAUUUGAUGGAAAAAUAAUACCAAUUCUACUCGAACUCUGUGAGAAAACAGAAUAGGAAAGAACUCUUUCUAGUGUUACCCUGAUAAUAAAACCAGACAAAGAUAAUACUGGAAAAGAAGGUUAUGGACAAAUAUCUCUUAUGAACAUAAACACAAAUUCUUCUACAAAAUAUUAAUUGAAUCAAACAAUAUAUAAAAAGAUAGUCAAUUAUGAUCAAGUGGGAUCAUCUCAGUAAAAUAAGAUUGGUUCAACAUUCAAAAUCAAUAUUAGUCACCAUAUGAAAAGACUAAAGAAAAAAAAUGAUGAUCUCAAUAGAUACAGAAAAGCUUUUGACAUUAUUCAACAUCUAUUCACGAUUAAAAUUUCAGAAAACUAAGAAUCAAAGGACAACACAGUAAAAGACAUUUACAAGAAACCUAUAGCCAACAUCACACUUAAUGGUGAAAGAUUAAAUGCUUUCCCAAUAAAUUAGAAACAAGGCAAAUGAAAUCUGCUGUCACUACUUCUAUUCAAAAAUCAUACUGGCAGUCCUAGCCAAUGCAGUAAUGCAAGAAAAAGAAAUAAAAGGCAUAUGGAUUAGAAAAGGAAAAAUAAACAUUAUUAUUUGCUGAUGCAUGAUUGUCUGUAGAAACUCCAACAAGGCCUACAAAAAAAAAAAACCUACUAAAACUAAUACAUGAUUAUAUCAAGACAGGCUACAAUGUCAAUAUAUAAAAAUCAGUGAUAUUUCUCUGUACUAGUAGUGAGAAAUUGAAAAUUAUAAUUAAAAACUAUAAUAUAUAACAACAGAAACAUGAAAUACUUAGGUAUAGAUCUAAUAAAAUAUUUGCAAUAUUUGUGUGCUAAAAACUGCAAAAACAGCCAAUGAGAGAAAUUAAAGAGAACUUAAAUAAUUGAAUAGAUGAUCAUAUUUUCAUGUAAUAGAAGACUCAAAAAUAAGAUGUCAGUGCUUCCCAACUUGAUCUAUAUGUUCAGUGCUAUCUCAAUCAAAAUUCUAAUAAGAUUUUUGGUAGAAAUUGACAAGCUAAAUUUAAACUCGUAAGGAAAAGCAGAAGGCCUAUUAUAGCCAAAAUAAUUUUUAAAAAGAAAAAUAAGGUAGAGGAUUUAUAUUAUGUGAUUCUAAAACUUACUGUAAAGCUAUAGUAAUCAAGAUAGUGUAAUAUUGGCAUAAAGAUUGACAAAUAGAUCAAUAGAAUAGAAUAGAAUCCAAAAAUAGUUCACACAUGUAUAAUCAAUUGAUUUUUCAGAAGUGGCAAAGAAUUUAAUGGAGAAAGGAUAAUCUUUUCAACAAAUGGUAUUGAGACAAGUGGUCAUCUGUAUGUAAAAAGGAACCUCAACCCAUAUCUCACAAAAGAGUAAAAAUGAGCUCAAAACAGAUCCUAAGUCUAAAUAUAAAGUCUAAAAUUACAGAAAUUCUAGAAGAAAAUAUAGGAGAAAAUCAUUGUGACCUUUAGUUGGACAAAGAUUUUUAAGAUAUUACAGAAAAACCAUAGAUCAUAAAAUAAUAUAUUGAUUAAUUAGUCAAAAUAAAAACAUGUUCUUCAAAAGACAAUGUUAAGAGAAUGAAAAAAAGACAAACUGUAGAUUGGGAGAAAAUAUUUGCAAAUCCAUUCUGAUUAUGAAUUUGGAUCCAGAAUUUAUUUUAAAAACUCACAAAACUCCUAGUAGGAAAAUGAACAAUCCAAUUUUAAAAAUGGGUAAAAGAUUUGAAUAGAAAGUUCAUCAAAAAAGCUAUGUAGAUGAUAAUUAAGCACAUGAAAAGAUGUUCAAUAUCAUUAGUUACUUGAGAGAUGCUAAUUAAAAAUUAAAUACCCAUCAGGUUGGCUGAAAUUAAAGAAACUGAUAAUCCCGUGCAUUGAUGAGGAAGCAGAGCAACUUGAAUUCUCAUACAUUGCUGGUGGGAAUGCAAAAUGCUACAACCACGUGGGAAAACAGUCUGGCAAUUUUUAAAUAAAAUUAAAUAUAAAUUUACCAAGAAAACUGAAAACUUACGUUCACACAAAACUUGUACUCAAAUAUUUUUUAGCAGUUUCAUUCAUGAUUUCCCAAAACUGGAAUCAACCAAGAUGUCCUUCAACAGGUAAAUGGGUAAACAAUGUGUGGUACAUCCAUACAAUGGAAUACUACUCAGCAGUUAAAAGAAAUGGAGUACUGAUAUACACAACAGUGUGGAUGAAACUCAGCUGCAUUAUAUAAAGCAAAAGAAGCCAAAUUCAUAAGGCUGCAAACUGUUUUUUUAUGGCAAAUAUAUUUUUAUGACAUUUUGAAGAAACAAAAUUAGGUGGAGAACAAACCAGUAGUUUCUUAGGAGUUAGAGUAGGUUUUGACUACUCCAUGUUAUCAUCUCAUUUAUUCCUUACAAUAUCUCAUUAAUUCCUUACAGUGCAUGCCAUACAGGUAGUUUUAUUUCCAUUUUGUAAGAGUGAAGGAUAAGGUUCAUGAAGGUUAACUAAUUUUCCUACAGCAUACAGUUUAGAAAAUGAAAAUAUGGAAUUCAGGUCUGUAUCUGCCUGAGUACAAAGUUGAUGCUCUUUUCCUUGUUUUAUAUCAUUUUUUCAAGCUCUUUACUAGUUUGAUCAUGCUCUAGUCAGUAUAUCUUGCAUAGAGAUACACUAGGACAGAAUACAAUCACUGCCAAGUGUGGUAGAUCUGUUUCCAUACCUACAACGAUGAAACUAGCAUUUGUCAAAUGCUUUUCAGCUGACAAAGAACUCUCACAAUGAAAAAAUAUUUCAUUUUUCCAGCAAACUUGUGAGUAUGUAAAAAUAUUUUUAUAAUUGUUUUUAUUACAUAGAUGAUAAAAGUGAGGCUCACAGAGGUUGGUUAGUAAUCUCACUACUCCGUCUCAAUGUCCACAGAAGUUUUUAAAAACUGUUGCUUGAUACUGUGCUUUUCAGUGUUCUAAUAAAACUGUCCAAGAUUUUUUUCAAUGAUUUGAUAUCAAACUAAGUUUUCUACCUUCUGUAGUUGUGCAGUUGAUUUUUUAGGCAUUAAUAUCCUUUAACCUUAAUAUUAUCCAGAGAAGUAUCUCGACUGGUCUUCCUAUAUUCAUUUUUGAUUCCUUGUUGUCUGUUAUCUACCCAGAGCAAGAAUGAUUCAUAUUCAAAUAUGAAUCAGAUCACAUGACUCCCUGUUCAAAACCCUCCAAAGACUUCUUUUUGUACCAGAAUAAAGUUCAGACUCCUCACAGUGAUCUAAAAGGUCUGCACGAUCUGGCCCUUGUCUUAUUCUCUGAAAUCAUAUCAGGAUCUAUUAUGAGAUAAAAACUUGUUAAACGCAAUUACUUCUUAUAAAACUUAUGCUAGUCUAUUGGGUUGAAAUCUUUAUAUGUAUAAGCACCCCAUGAAAGUAGAAAUGGGCAAUUUCUGAAUAAGUGCAUAAAUAAUUAUCAGUAUACCUAAUGAUAUACUGGGUUUUUUUUUCAUGAGUUAAUCCAAGGUCUAAGAAAUAAUUUGCUAAUAAAUCUAAGACAGACUGCCUUUGUUAAUCAUUUUGUAAGAGAGUUCAUUCCAUGUGUUGAAAAAAACUUUUAACAAACUUUUAAUAGAACUGAUUCAUUGAUGAGUGAUAUGUUUAUUCUUAAUUCCUCUUAUGUAAGAUUUCAAUAAAUGACAUGUUUCUUUUUUUA